UCCCAACUUAACUUGAGCCAGAAGUACAACUACUCCAGCCAGUCUACCCCAGGACCUCACAUGGCCUCACCCUACCAUCCUCCAUACCCCCCUCAUCAAGGAAUGGGUCCACCUCAGUUUGGAUACCAGAUGCCUAGUCCAGCAGGCUUACCUGGCUAUAGACCUCCAUCCCCUCGUUCACGCAGUAGGACCAAUCUCAUGGGACACACUGGCUUCAUAGGCAAGGAUGAGUCCAAUGUUGUUGAAGGGGAUGAUGAUGAUGAAAAUCCUUACUUCAUCGAUGGAGAAUUCUUUGAGGAAAGUUUAGCCCACCCUCAUGGGCAGUACUAUGUGCCAGACUCACAUCUUGAAUGGCCGUAUGGAAACAGGGCGGGCAUUGAGGGAAGUUCCACAGUAACCAAUGCACCCCAGAACAGACCUCCCAUGCCUCAAAGUGACUUCUUUGCCUCAUCUCUGAGGGGACAGUCGAUACAGUAUGGUCAAUCUAACAUAGCUACAUCAAUGCCAGGUCCAGGAUACUUCUCCUCACCCCAUGGCCUUACUACAGCAUCUGCAAUGAACCAGACACCAGACACUUUAUAUGCUGCCAUCCUGGGCAAGGAUUCUCCUCACAACAUAGGAGGAAUACCUGCACAGAUUCAGUCAGGAGUACCAAGUCCUGCUGCUCAAGCUAUUCCUCAGUAUCUGGGCCAGCCAGCGGCACCACAGCCCCAGCCUCCACCUCAGCAUCACCCUCAACCUCAACCUCAGCCUCAGCCUGCUACAACCCUUGCAUCACAGAUGGCUCAGAAGCCAAUCUUCACAUCAGGAAACUUCGGGGCUGGUGUUAAGACUGCUUCAGCACCUCUUACCAAGGGGACUAGUUCUCAGGCAGUCCCUACUCCACCUCAACCUUUUAGUCAGAUACCACAAGCGCAGGCUCAGAAUCCUGUGACAUCAACCAUUUCCCCCAGUGCGUCCACUGCUGAAGUUGUUUGCAUUUUCCAAGGAAAAGCAACCUACACAUCGAAGAUUGGUGCCAAGCAGGAAGGAAAUGUCAAAGUGUUUUUCUUCGGUGCCGAGAAGGGUGGUCGGGUGAGGAUGGAGACUCUAUCAACAAACCAGAUUAUUCUCAACCAUGAUAUUAAUACACUGAAGCUGGUGGCGUCCUUCACCCCACAGCUAGUCACAUGGAAGAGACCCCAGCUUGAUGGGAAGGGAGAGGAGACUGUUAACCUGAACUUUGAUAAUGCUGAACUAGCUCAGAAAUUGAAGUCAGUUCUUCAGAAAAUCCAGGAAGCUGGCAAGAAGUCUGAAGCUUCACCUCCAAAACCAGCUGUGGCAACUCCAUCACCAUUCACCACAUCAGGGUCUCAGGCCUUUAAACCUACUACGACACAGACCCCUACUGGAUCUUCACCUGCAGUGUUUGGCCAGGCUGAGACAGGAAUGCCUGCAUCAGCUGCCCUUGCAGCCCUGUCUGCCAAACAAGGAGAGGAGAAGACUGUCCAGUCUGGAGAAACACCAAAGCCAUCUUUUGGUGGCUUCACAUUCAGUGCUACCCCAGUGAUAAAGACUCCGGAAGACAAGUCAAAAGCAUCACCAACAGUCAAACUGAAGGAAAGUCCAGUUGAAAGUGGAACUGUUGCAGCAAAUCAGCCCAAGCCUUUUGCUGGGUUUACUGCUUCUGCAGCUGAUUCUGCCAAGAAGGAUGGAGGCUUCCAGUUAAAUCUUGGAAAGGUCUCAACUCCAGUCAAGAACCAAGAAAAGAAAGAAAUCGGCUCCCCAUUUCAGUUCACCUCCAGCCUUACCCCAUCAAAGACUCCUCAAUCCAAGGCCACUGUGACAUCACCCAAGUCUCCAGAGGGGGACUACUAUGUCAAUAAGGAAGGAGAGGACUCCCACAUCUAUUUUGAACCUAUUGUGUCUUUACCUGAAAAAGUGGAUGUGAAGACUGGGGAAGAGGAGGAAGUUACCCGGUUUGAACAGAGGGCAAAACUCUUCAGGUUCAGUGAGGGUGAGUGGAAGGAGAGAGGUCUUGGCACUAUGAAGAUUCUGGAACACAAAACUUCCCACCGCUACCGACUUCUGAUGAGGCGAGAACAAAUCUUCAAAGUGUGCUGCAAUCAUGUGAUUACCCCUGAACUGGAACUCAAGCCAAUGGGCUCAGGUGAUGGAAAGUCAUGGGUUUGGUAUGCCAAGGACUUCUCUGAGGAAGAGGGCAAGGUGGAACAACUGGCUAUCAAGUUUAAGAACAAGGAGAUAGCUGACCAGUUUAAGAAAGAGUUUGAUGAUGGAAAAGCUGGUGGUGAAAAAGGUGCCUCUGCAGCUACUGAAGGGGAUGUGUCAGCCAAGCACAUUGAGGGAACCGGCGACAAAGGAACACUAUAUUACAGACAGCAUCUUGAUGACUCUGAGAAAGUGGAAGCUACAAUUAUACAUGGUACUGGUGAAAAGGGCAAUCCAUAUUAUAAAUACGGGCUUGAUUUGUCCAGUGUGGAGCCUUUGAUGUCCAGUUCAAAUGUUCAAGGUCAAGGUGAUAAAGGCAAUCCAUACCAUGAGGCUGAGCUAGAGAAAUCAGGGAUUGAAUCUCUGAUGACAAGUGUAGACAUUCAAGGUACUGGGAACAAGGGCAAUCCAUAUUACAAGACUCAGUUAGAGCAGUCCAGCGUAGAACCCCUGAUGAAAGCUGCAAAUAUACUAGAGACAAAGGCAAUCCAUAUUGUACAGCAAAGUUUGGACAGACAGUUGUCACAGAAUCCAUGUCAGCUACCAAGCUUGCACACAGCACUGGUGGUGAGGGCAAUCCCUACUACAGCUCAGAACUGGACAGACUUGUGGGCGAACCACUUCUGUCUAGGUCCAGAUCUGGAGAAACAGGUGACCUAG